AUGGCUGAUCGCCAAACAGGAUCGAUAAGCUCUGGUGAGCUCACAAAAUUGGAUAGUAGCAAUUAUCUUAGGGUUCAAGCACAAAAAAAAAUUGGCAAUUCACUGAGAUGGUUUCAGCGGGAUAAGACAAACUCGAGUUCUUCUACUGCUCCCCCACUCAUUAGAGAUGCUGCUGGUACCGCUGCUUCUAGGAAUCUGAUUAACCAGGCAAUGCUUCUCAAGAUGGGGCACCUAGCCUAUUUUGCCGAUAUGCGGGCUUCCCAGUUAGAGGCCGAGGUGCUCUGGAUGAUUGAGAGAGCUAUUACUGCUAUGUUGAAUCCUCUCAGGGCUUCCAUUGAUGCCCUCUCAGGGAGAGUUGAGGUUUGUGAGAGAGGGAAAUGUGUUACUACUGAAGUGAUGACCUUGAAAGCUGAUGUGUCUGAGAUGAGGAAGGAUGUGGACCACCUGAAGUCCACAGACUUCACUUCACUAUUUGAGUCGACAGAGGUCCCACAUGUCCCAAGUGCAGAUGUUUCGGCCUGUGCUGAGGUGCCUCCGGCUACCACCGGAGAUGUUGUUAGGGCUGAUGUUGCUAUUGCUGAGUUAGAGGCUGAGACAGAUGAGGAGCAACUCGAUGUUCAGGAGGAUGCCAUCUAG